UUAUUUUGGUGGCAAGUGCUGUCCGUGCAAUAAGUUGGACAUGUGGCGGGACGUUGAGAAUAAACUCUUUUAUCUUUUGUGUGACACGUUCUCGUUGUGCGUGCAAGAACAUCCCUGACUUCGCUCCCUUGGACGCAUCUACCAGUGUAUGGGUGUUCUCUGCUUCUACCGUCUACAGGACAUCGGUUGCAGUCUGGCCUCCGUAAAGCCAACCAUGAGAAACACGUGAUUCAACACAAAUGCUCUUGCAGAGGACCACUUUCAACAUUACAGUCUUCUGGCUACGUUAGUGAACAUGUUGGUAAGAGGGCGCCACCUGGUCACUCAGCUGCGGCUGCUGCAGCAUCGUGCGGUGUCCAGCGACCCCGAGCUCUUGGCACUGUGCAACAGCUUCCCUGCACUUCUUAGCCGCAAAACAGGGCAGCCUGAAGAUCUUUUCCAUGUGCACACUGCUGCAUUGGACUUGCUGGAGGAGCAUCUGGUCCACUGGCCUGGUGGCUGCCCACCCCUGGUGUUGGAGGCCAACGCAGGGCCUGGCCUGCUGAGCCGACGCCUGGUCGAGGCAGGCCGUAUCACAUCACGGAUGCGCAUGUUCGAGCACCGUCAGUGCUUCCUGCCCAAGCUCAGGGCCCAGGUGGCUGCGUGGCCGACGCGCUUGGAGUUGGUGGAGGCAGACCUGCUGCGCAUGCACAACCGAGAGGAGCAGCUACUGGCCGGCAUCACGCCACGCCCCUGGACACAUGCGCCAGAGGCAGUGCUGGUGGCGAGCCUCAGCCGAGUGCGUGAGGUGGGCUUCCUGCGCUACGUGCUGCACCAGCUGCCCAUGGGUACCUCGCUGUUUGCCCUGGGUCGCCUUGCCUUCCUUCUUUUCCUCAGCCACACCGAGGCAGCUCACAUCACAGCAUCCCGAGGCAGCAACUUCAGGCACUAUCGAGAUGUCAGCAUCCUCUACCAGCUCUUCUUUCAUGUUGAUGUACUUGGCCAGGUAUCACGUGAACUUUUCCUGCCCCCCCGUGGAGGGAAAACUCAGGCUCCAUUGCAUUUGGUGCGGUUAGUGCCACGCAGCGACCUCUGGGAUUUGGCGGGCAGCCCUGAGCGGCUUCACGAGCUGGUGUUCUUUGUGCGACAGAACAUGGUGCGCCGCACCGCUUAUGUGCUACCUUGUCUCGAGAAGUGGAUACCUGGAUGUGGGCCGCGGCUGCUCCGUGAAGGUGCCACGCGGGUGUUCGAGCGCAUGGGGGACCUGAGCCCAGAGCGUAUGCUGCGACUUUUCCAGCUCUUCUCAGCACUGCCAGAGUACUCUCAGUCUGCGUUCACCGCUGCGGUAGCAAGAGAGGGCUCCUGACACCUUUUCGGUUAUGCAUCAUUAGGUACAUUCUUUCAACCAUGACCUACUGUACUCCUGACCUGCCCAGAUAGCGGGGGUCCUAUGGGAGCGCGCGUCCUCGCUCUCGUUCAACCGCUCGCCGUAGGUGGCGCUACCUAUAACCUGUUCGUCUGCUACUCUGCGACCAAUUGGACAGCGCUGGAGUAAGAACGCCUGUAUUCUGUGACGAACUGCUGGCAUUAUGUGACUGUUUCUGCAAACUUAGACGGAGGGUCAAGUAAGCUAUACAGUGCGGUUAAGUAUUUACUGCACACUGGUUGACUAACGUAAGAAGCUGUAGACUUGCAUAGUGUAGAACGGCUGUGUCCUUUUAUAUGCAAACAAAAAAAAUUCUAAAUCACUUUCCAUAUUUUAUUUCCGAAGUAUUUUGCAUUUAUGCGUAAUAAUUACACGAUAUGAGCACUCUGCGCUGGUGAAACAUCACCACGAGCGUUGAAGCUGACAUCAGCGAAUAGGUGCUGACUAGCAUUGAAACACUCGUAGGUUACAUCUCUAGCGGCAGGAGGUAUGAGCUAGAACGUGGGCGCUGGAGAGGGGACAUCUGGGCAGGUCGGGAGUAUGGUAGGUCGUGCUGUCGACACUAAAACUCGGCACCAAAAGACGAAUUUCAACCAACAGGCCCAUCUUGCCAUCCUACUACCAUUUGUUGAUGCAAUAAAGUA